GGAAUGAAUCGAUCGAUCCAUCAUGCAUCGAUCCAUCGAUCCAUGAGAGCUGUGGAUGUCGGAGACUGGGAAUGAAUGAAUCGUUGCAUCGCGUGUGUGUUGGUGUUUUUGAUUUCUGGCUCGCAAGUCGGAACUGUGGCCUAUAACUCGGAGGUACUGUAACUCGCAACUCGUAACUCGUAACUCGUGGCGUAUUGGUCAUCGCGUAAACGUGCAGUGCCCCGUCUCUUGUCCGCGUGGUCCGUGUCUCCUGCCAACUGUUUUGAAUGGAUCUCGGACAGUCACGCCCGAAGUGUUGCAGAAGGGCAGCACGAAACGAGACAAAGCAACCAUUCAAAAGGAGCGGCAACGAAACGAAACGAAACGAAACGAAACGAAACGAAACGAAACGAAACGAAACGAAACGAAACGAAACGAAGCCAAAACUAAAACUAGCACGGAAAAUCAAUAUCAUUUGAUUCAUCGAAUCGACCAUAGAGCUCAAGGCAACCACCAAAAAAGGUAGAGAAGAGAUAUCUUGACUGCAACCAAUCGAUAUCUAAUGUGAUGUGAUGUGAUGUGAUGUGAUCUCUUCAGUGCCUAGUGCCUAUGGUUUGGAGUCUGGAGUCUGGGGUAUGUCUUUCUCAGAUCACAAAAGAUUUCUCGAGGAUGCAAUGUAUCUCGGAACAAGAAGGGGGCUUCUCCCCACCGAUUCGUCGAACGAUUGAGAUGAAAUACGACCGAUUCAAACCGAAUUCAACCGACACACAAUCGAGCUGGGUCGAAUAAAAUAUUUUUUUUUUCGCAACUGCAGCGCAAGACGUGCAGCCCGCAGCUUCACGUUGUGUCGCGUGCCUGUUUUUGGAUGCGAUCUCCCUUUUCGAACACAAAACAACACAGCGCAACAAAACAAAACAUAACAUAACAAAACAUAAGACAGUAAACCCCAAGGCAUCGACACGAUGAGGCCGCAUGCCGUGUCUUUCUCGGUGCUGCCAUGUCGAGGCAAGGCGUGAACGGGACGGAGCCACGCGUCCCGGUAUCUCCUGUGUCGUCGGUGUCAAUCGGGUUGUAGCGACCAAUCGACGACGGAAGAAGGGCAAAAUGAAGGAGAUAGGCAAGCAGACAAUGAAGGCCGUGAAGCCGUCAUGGGUUUUUGUGUCGUCAACCGUUCGCUCGUUCCUUCUUGCCAAUUCCAGAACAUGGUGAUGAAUAAAUCAAUCUACGAAACAAACCGAACACACAAUGCGUGUGCGAAUGUGAGUGCGACACAAUACAAAUGAGACCAAAAAGGUAAGGGGACGAAUGAAAUGAGCUUCAAAGUUCUUCUGUCCGUACGAAGUAAACGAAAUCCGAGCAGCACUGUAAACAAUGUUAAAGCGCCAACCGUACGAGGGCGAUGAGUCUGGGACUGAGAGAAACUUAAACCAUGCAAAAAAUUAGUUCGACAAUUGGCAAACACUGGCAAAGCUAAAUUGGUCUCCACCGUUUGAGUCGCACUGAACCUGAGAUGUAGCACAGCUUUAAUAGAGAAGUAUGAUAUAGUGUAUCCUUAUUUACAUCGAAGACUUAAUGUACUUUAAAUUAAGCACCCAUCCCUAACGACCACUGAAUCUAUUGCGUCAGCGGCAGCGUGGGCACUAUUUGGAGUGCUUCGGUUGAUAAAAACUUUUGUGUGACAAAUAAUAAUAAUAAUAAAUAGUGCGUUGGACAGACAGGUGGAGAAGCAGAACCGACGAGAUUCUGCCCGGAAUUAUGAAGAUAACAGAGUAUUACCAGCGUGCACAAUCACGACGGAAGAUCCUCUCGACCAUCAAAAUAGGCACGGUCGGAUAGACGUUUUUUUCUCUAGUUGUCAAAGAUAAUUCUCGCGGCUUCUUAUACCUGUAUGAUCUUGCCAUCGGGCUCCAACAUAGCUUCCAGCCGGUGCUUUCGGUUUUCGAGUUCAGCUUCCCUCUCCUGUUCUUCGACUGACUCCAAUUCAUCAGGUCUCUCAAUCAAUCCUUCGACACCGAAGAAUUCGGCAUCACUCAUGUAGAGUUCAUCCGGCUCUUCGAAAUCCAAAUCGUCACCGUCGACCGCGCCUUCGAGGUUUCUGGUCCUCCAUCCUGUACCGUAAUUGUAAUAUUCGUUGCCACGUCUGUAGUUGUUGUUGUUACCGUUACCCUUUCCGGCGAAGCCGUUACCCUUCGAGCCCUUGUAACCCUUGCCUCCUUUUCCGGCCUUGUUGUAGUAGUAGUUGUAUCCACGGUUACCACCAGUGUAGUAGGUAUUACCUCUGUUACCUCUGUUACCUCUGUUGCCUCCCUUUGAACCAUAAUAGUUGUAGGCCUUGCUACCGUAGUAAUUUCUGCCGGUGUUCCAACUUCCAUUUCGAGGUCCUGGAAGAAUGAUUUCGUCAACAACAUGGAUCACACCGUUACAGGCGAUAACGUCCUGACUGAAGGUAUAUUCGGUCUUCUCGUCAGUGUCACCAGCGUUGUCGAAGUUGAGAACAAACUCGGUUUGGAAUUCAAACUGUUGGGCAUUGAAAAUAUUAUCGGGAACUCCAAUGGUAGGAUUCAAUCCGUUGUGCAUGUUACCAGGACCAACCUGCUGCGCUCGGCUCGCGUUGAUGCAUCGGGUUUUAGAUCGCUGUCUAUUGCGUCGGUCUUGCUGGGUAUUGAUGGUACGGUAAGUCUGACCGCAUCGGAGGUCGCGAGUCAAUCUUGCCUGAGGAAGAAUGUGGAGCUCGAGCAUUCUCUGCUCAUCGAGUCUGCCAAUAAGACCAUCAAUCUUCGCAAAAGCAGCAUCGGUGGGAGCAAACACCGUGUGUGGUGAGUUACCCGUCGCCAUGAGAUUAAAGACGUUCGGAAAUCUAUCGAUGAGAUCGCAGAAUCGUCUGAACGGAUCACCGACACGAGAUGGAAUUGUGCCAGUACCUUGCUGGUUAGUAUUUCCGAGGGGGCUGUAAAAAGUACUUCCAGUACAGAGAUUACCAUCUAUUGAAAGAACAUGUAGCAAAUGCACAAGGCAAGUGAGAACACGACCUUGAUGUUAUUUGUAAGUACAUUCUUUUUGCGGUCGGUACUUACAAGUUCGUCUCUGUGAGCCUUCUCUGUUCGAACUGAAACUUCUAUCUCCUCCAUUGUUGUUAUCGUUAAUGGCACGCUGGUCGACUACGCGUUUACAUUGAUCGUAGUUAAGAUUGGUUUGACCCAUCGCAGCGUUGGCGAGUAGUGCCGUCAAUACCAGCGCAAAGCUCGAGCUUUUGAAGAUUGCCAUGUUGUUUUGUAGAUUGUUAUUGCUUUACAGACUUUAUACAAGAGUCAAUCAAAUGUAUAUCACGAUCGUAUCCUCGCAACGAAAAGUUUUCUUUGCUUUGUUAUGAAUAGUGAGGUUAGCCGCUCUAUUUUAGAUCACUAAAAUCGAUUUUAUGAUAAUAAGUGUGAGGACGGCAAAAACCGUCGUUUUCCGCACUCGAGCCCGUGAUUCACGCUUUAAUUUCCUUCCCUCAACGCAUACCGGUGCUCUAACGGCUGGAAUUAGGAAAUAUUUUUUGGCCACUAUGGCGCACCUCAACUCGACUGAGAUUACUUUUGGUUUUAGUGAUUAAUUGAAUCAAUGCAUGCGCACGAUCAAACCCUUCAAAGUUACGAAUCCGAUCAGUUUGAAACAUAUUUGAAAUUGCCCGCAAGUGCGCAGUGUGACUAAAAAGAUUGGAGUAUGCUUGAGAGUGCUCGAUGCAACGAUUAUUGCAAGAGUGCACAACGUUCUUUACUGUUUCACUUGUUAAAACUAAACUAGUACUUUGAACUGCGUAUACACAUCACCCCUAAGAUCAGAACUGGAGCAGGAACCAUGUCCAUAUCAUCUACCGGUGCUGCAGGUGCCCGUACCGGUACGCAGCGACGAAACUGCAAGUUUGCAACUAAGUAAGAAGUACAAAUAUAGUCCCAUACAUAUUGUUGCAUGGUGAUACUACUACUAUGAUAUAAAUAUGCAUCAGUAGCAGUACUAGCAGUACUAGUACUAAAAAUAGUAUUGUUGAGUAGUACUUAUCCAUAGUAAUAUUCCAUCUCCCAUUAACCACCAGUUGGAUUUUGAGUAAUAUUGUCAGAUAGUUUGAGAUCAAUAUAGUAUCAUAACAUGAUCGCUAGAUGUCUGUAUUUCCUGUUCAACAAAAUAUUGUUGAAGGAGGUCAUCUUCCAUGGCAGCAUCCUGAGCUAUUUCUCUUCUUCCUCAGACCAAUCAAACAAAUAAAGAUCUCAUCCCCCCUCUUGUUCCUAUCUGUCGUACCUAUCCCAGCUUUCUGAUGGAUAUCUUCUUGGAACAUCCUUUUCUCCCUUCCACCUCUUUGGUAACAAUGCUCCUGUAUGGAUACCUCUUGCAAGAAAGUCUCCUUUGCUGAGAUAGAGGCUUCUUCCUCAAAAAAGAGUCUGCUUUGUGAGUCUUCAUUCUUUCACCAAACUCCUGUUCAGACAUACAUUCUCUUAUAAGAGUCCCUCUACUAGUAGUAGUACUAGAAUUUUCAAAUAUGUAGCUGCCAUUCCAUCAUUUUAUCUCUUCUGGAACAACUUUUUGAAAAGCAUCCAUGUCACUAGAUAGGUGGUAGCUCUAAUGACAUGUCCUCAACCCUGACCCCAACCCCUUCAAAACAGAAAUUCUAGGGAUAUGCCUCCUAGCAGCAACAAGUGAAUCCCAGUGAUUUUUUUCCAAGAUGAAGGUCAAUUCUAUCCACUGGAGGAACUCUUUCAGUUACAACAAAGCCUUUCUUGAGUCUUCCCUGGAUCUUCUCUGCAAAGCUUCUGAGUUGACACCACUUUCAAUAUCAGUUGUCAAGGACGACUGUUUUCCAAUAGAGACAAUCACCCUUGCUGAUGCUUGACACCAUUCCUUUGUGGCCUUGAAGGUGUCAUCAUGAACAGAUGAGGUUUGAAACAAGGAAACAACAUGGUGAGGUUAAGGAAUAAGAAUCACAGCUGGUGUAGGAAACCCAAGUAGAGGAAUAGUUGGAGGUUCAGCAAUGGGCGGAGUGGAAGAUAAAUCCUUCACCAAUUGGAAGAGAAAUUUUCCCUUGGUCAUCCUAACAAAAGCACCUAGCAGAGGAACCUUUGCUGCUUUUGCAAUUACAUCAAGUGGGACAUCUGAAAUCAACUAAAUCCUUCAAUCAGGAGGAAGUUCUGCUUUCUCAAAGGGAACAUUGCUUGUCUGCAUCACUUCAUGAUCACCAUCUGGUGGGCAUCCAUCAACACCACUACUAUUAGUGAAGCCAAAUUGCCCAGAUUUGGAGCAUCUGUACUAGCCACUCCACCAAGAACAAAGGUUGAAGUCAUGAAGUCAUGGUUGAGGCUGUUUAUGCUGUAGCUCCCAAACCUUGUGACAAUAUCACUCAAAAUCCAAUAGUAGAGUAGCAACUUAACUAUUAUGGAUAAUUUUUAGUAGUAGUGGUAUUGGACUACUAGUAGCAAUUUUACACAGAUCAAUUUUGAUCACUGCACAAUGAUCACAAAUGGAUCUUUUUAAUCACAGAAAUUUCUGAUAAAAAUUGAUCACAAUUUUCAAGAUCACAGGGGGCGUCCUGGGGACCCGUAUUUUCCCCAAAAAAUCAAAAUUGGCAUGGUUCCUUUCUAAUUUAAUUGUUGAUAACAAGUCCUUGCAGUCCCAUUUCAUUUUCAUCAUCAUGGUGGUUUAAAAAGUUGUUGAAUCAUUUCAAAUAUUUCUUAGUACUCCUGCUCCUACUACUGGGGAAUUUCUGUUGCUGCUCCUCCACCACCAACCAAUUGUUGUAAACUUCUUAUACUAUCAGUGCUGCUUGCUGUCAAAGGUUCCACCUCAGCAGUAAGAAAAACCAAGAACAAUAAUCACUAGUACUAGUAGCUACUACUAAUAGUAUUACUAUUUCUAAUUGCUACUAGUACUAGUCCUAUCAGCGGUACUAACAGCUUUCCCACCAGCAGGAGUAACUCUACUACUAGUAGUUUUAGUAGAACAAUCUGCUUGUGGUACGGGCAGAGCAAAACCAAGUCUCAAUUGGACCAGGGGUGCUACUACUACUACGACUACUACGACUACUACGAAAGAACAAAAAAUAUUUGCGGAGUUCUACUACACCAGUGUGCUAGUAGAUUAGUUCUUGACCUCAUAUAUUUUCGCAAGGUGGUCACGACCAUUGGUGUAACCAAGUUGUCAGUCUUUUCACCAGGCAAAGGCACUUCUAUAUGAAUUUCAUACCAUCGCCGUUUCACAAUCAGGGAACGGUUUUGAAUUUCUCUUCUGACAAACUAGCCCGUCGCUGAUGCCAUCUACUCCCACUAUUUGUUGCCAUUCGCAGCUGCCUUGGCACGCCCUCUCAUGUUGCGGAAAUCGUGGGCGACCUUAUCGUGGGCUCGUUGCUGGGAAGCCAUGGUCCACAGGCCGGGUUUUUCCUGGAUCAAGAACCUAGAUCCAGAGUCUCCAACUUGCAUCAGAAUGUGCUGGACCAGGGCGGUUUUCUCACUCUUCGACACAGCCUUGUCGUAUUGCUCCCGGUAGCUUUCCAACAGCUUCUUUAAGCGAAGAUUUCCAGGUUUGUUCCGGUUGUGGCAGCCCCGGCCCAUGAGAAUGUCGAAAGGGCCCGGAAGGAGCACCGCAAACGACGACGUCGGCGACGUAGUGAAGGCAGGAGCUUGGUUUGCAAGAAGAGUGGGCUUGUUGCUAGAGGAGAAAGCAGUUUCUGAUGUCUUGCUGCUCGGGCGGUCUGAAACUUCGGUAUUAUCGAAUGAUUCAUCCGGCAGCGGUUUGCUUCUGGAAAUUCGCUCCGUCUGUUGCAGCUGAGACGUCCGUACAAAUUUUGAUCUCUCCCGUUCCCAGCGAUCUUUUUCUUCGUAUUCUGCAACGGCAUCCAUAAAGGCUACAUGAAAUU